CAUGCGGACACUCACACACUAACAAAACAAAAACAAAAUUUGCAAAUCUCCCCCUCUCUCUCUCCCUCCCUAUCUAUUUCUCUCUGAAAAAUUCUAGAGAGAGAAACAAAAUCCGCUGCUCCGGCCGCUGGGCUCGCUUUUAUACACACAGUUUCAAUUCUCAUAUACACACAGAUAUACAUAUACAUACAUAUAUAUAUAGAGAGAGAGGGUAUCUGACAAUGUCAUCAUCUCCGGGGGCGUCUCCGGCUCCGACAUCACCACCAGCCACCAACACUACUUCACCAACACCACCUGCCGCCGCAACGCCUCCGCCGACGACUAUCUCGCCACCACCAUCUAGUCCACCUCCACCCGCAACAUCUCCGCCGCCGGCUUCUUCUUCUCCUCCACCACCAACUCCUGUUGCUCCGGUCCCUGUUUCGCCGCCUCCGCCGUCUACUACUCCACCUCCAUCAACCACUCCCACACCUCCUAACUCCUCUCCUCCUCCGCCGCCAACUUCUUCUUCUUCAUCUCCUCCUCCGCCGUCAGGUUCCUCGCCGCCCCCUCCGGCCACGAAGUCUCCGCCACCACCUCCGGGGACCUCAAAGUCAUCGCCGCCUCCGCCUCCGCCUCCGCCGUCUUCUACAACUCCAUCGCCGCCGCCAAGCUCGUCGAGUAUAUCAACAGGGCUUGUUGUUGGGAUUGCGAUUGGUGGUGUAGUGAUUCUUGUUAUUUUGAGCAUUUUGUUCAUAUGUUGCAAGAAGAAGAAGAGAAGAGACCAUGAUUACUAUGUUCCACCACCACACGGGCCUAAAGAUGACCCGUAUAGUCAACCGCCGCAGCAUUGGCAACACAAUGCUCCCCCACCUGGGGAUCAUUUGGUCACCAUGCCACCAAAACCCUCUCCUCCACCUGCAGUUGCGUCGUGGCCACCUAACUCACCAAAGCAUCCUACACCCCCACCUCCACCCCCAUUAAUGAGCAGUAGUGGUGGUUCUGGGUCCAAUUAUUCAGGCGGUGAAAACUCAUUGCCACCACUUUCCCCUGGCAUGUCUCUAGGUUUUGCAAAGAGCACAUUCUCAUACAAUGAAUUGGCAAUGGCAACAGAUGGAUUUUCAGACGCCAAUCUCCUUGGACAAGGUGGUUUUGGGUAUGUGCACAAGGGAGUCCUUCCAAAUGGAAAAGAAGUCGCCAUUAAGCAGCUGAAAGCUGGAAGUGGUCAGGGGGAGCGUGAAUUUCAAGCUGAGGUUGAGAUCAUUAGCAGAGUGCAUCACAAACAUCUUGUUUCAUUAGUUGGAUACUGUAUCACUGGGUCCCAAAGAAUGCUAGUUUACGAAUUUGUUCCAAACAACACCAUGGAGUUUCACUUACAUGGAAAGGGCAGACCUACCAUGGAUUGGUCCACAAGAUUAAGAAUUGCUCUAGGGUCUGCCAAAGGACUGGCCUAUCUGCACGAGGACUGCCAUCCUAAGAUUAUACAUCGUGACAUUAAGGCAGCUAACAUACUUCUGGAUUUUAACUUUGAGGCAAUGGUUGCGGAUUUUGGACUUGCAAAGCUUUCUUCUGAUGUCAACACUCACAUAUCCACCAGGGUGAUGGGAACUUUUGGGUACCUGGCUCCGGAAUAUGCUUCUUCUGGGAAACUUACAGACAAGUCUGAUGUUUUCUCAUUCGGAGUCAUGCUUCUAGAGUUAAUUACUGGACGCCGACCUGUGGACUCAUCUCAAUCUUACACAGAUGAUAGCUUGGUAGACUGGGCACGGCCCUUGCUCACACGAGCUUUGGAAGAUGGAAACUUUGAUACCCUUGUUGAUCCACGGUUGCAAAGGGAUUACAAACCCAACGAGAUGGCUCGUAUGGUUGCUUGUGCUGCUGCUUGUGUGCGUCAUUCAGCACGGCGUCGACCACGAAUGAGCCAAGUGGUGCGGGCCUUAGAAGGAGACGUAUCUUUGUCUGAUCUUAACGAAGGAAUCAAACCCGGACACAGCACAGUCUACAGUUCUCAUGGCAGCUCAGACUAUGACACUAGCCAAUACAAUGAGGACUUGAAAAAAUUUAGGAAGAUGGCUCUGGGAACCCAAGAGUAUGGAAGCAGUGAGUACAGUGCACCAACUAGCGAAUAUGGAUUGUAUCCAUCUGGUUCGAGCAGCGAAGGCCAACAAACCACUCGAGAAAUGGAGAUGGGAAAGAUGAAGAAAGACAGCCGAGGGUUCAGUGGAGGAAGCUCAUGACAACUUAUGCCCUGUCUGUUUACCUGUAAUAACACCCAUCCCUUAAUUCUCUUAUACAGUCACUUGUUUGUUGAUUUAAUGGCAAAGAUGGCAUGUCUGGUAUGAGCUAACAUACACAAAUUUAUUUAUUUUUAUUUUUUUUGACCCCCAGAAAGGAUGUGGUUUCUUCUUGUAUUUAAUAGGCUUAUACAUGAAAAUAAUUGAGAUAAUUAAUUAUUUAUUUUUAUUUGAUGCUUGAAA